AUGGUCCUCCGUGAAGACGUGAUCGUGUUCGUUACGGUAACAUUCUGGACUCAUCAGAAGGCCCCAGAUUACCUGCUGGGAGAGUCCCGAGCAACUCCAGAGGCCCGGGCGGCGACCUACGGCUUCGUGGCCGAGCAGCCGAAGCAGAUCUUCGGCGACCGGCCGGAGUCCAAGCGAACGCCCUUCUGCGUGCGCUUGCUCUCUCCAGACCUCAUUGCUUCGGAGGACACGAAGUCCUGGGAAGUGGAGUACAGUUUGAGGGAGAUUCGCACCGCGACGAUCCGGCAGGCCGUCGAGACGGACUUGGACGCCUUACGCAAGUCCAUCGCCACCGGAAGGUGGGAUGACUUGGCGUGA